AUGAAACAAAUAAUUAUUUUAGCCAUCUUUUUCCUUGCAGCUUUUUAUGCUGUCCAAGGUGAACAAUGUGACUUGUACUAUGAAGAAUACGCCUGCGGAGGUUUCAACACUACUUGUGGUUUAAAUGUUACUUCUGGACAACAACUUUUAUGUCAAACUGGAUACUACUGUCAAUUCGCCAACAAGGACGACAAGCUUGGUCUCUGUCAAGAAUCUAUUGAUCUCGGUGGUAAAUGCACAGACGAUGAUCAAUGUCUUGGUUCCUAUGACUGCGAGAAUGGAGUUUGUGCCGAAACCCAAUUCGCUCAAUUAGGUGAGGAAUGUGCAUCCACUGCCGACUGUUACUCCAAGCUCAUCUGUUCGACUGCCACCAAGACCUGUACCAACAGCUCCACCACCUGUCACGACGACUAUGACUGUCAAUUUGACGAAAACUGUGGCAAGGAUAACCAAUGUUUUGCUCCAAUUGCCGUCGGCCAAGUAUGCGACAAGGACGAUGAAUGUGGAACCUACAGCCUUUGCGAGAAGCUCGCCAACGGAACCAAGGUCUGUGCCGCCCCAUACUCACUUGCCGAGAAUGCCAUCUGCUCUGACAAUGGCAAUCCAAACAAGAUUACCAGUUGUGACGCCAACAAGGGUCUCGUGUGCUUAAAGGAUGUCUGCUCUCUUGUCAACACCAACACUCUCACCCCAACUCCAUCCGACGUCAAGUGUAACUCGACCGCCACCACCACCUGUCAAGAUUUCGAAGACUGUAUUUGCACCAGUGCCGGUGACCAAGGCAAGUGCUACCAAACCUCAGCCACCCCCACCCAAUCACUCCAAUGCGCCAAAGCCAACAGCAAGUUCAUCCAAUGUCUCAUCACCAACAAGUGUCAAAACAUCGUCAAACCAUCAUCGUGUCUCUACAACCACUGUGCCAGCGAGUACUGUGACAUGAAGGAUGGUUGUGCUCUCCCACAGGCCAUCAACCAAGUUGAGAACUGUCAAGACAUUGCACAAAACAUCUGUGCAGUCACUGGUUCCUCUUCAACCAUCGCCAUCCCAAUGUUCACCGUUGUCGCUUUGGUUCUUUCUGUCUUUUUCUUUUAA